UCACAUACAGUGGUAAUAAAAGUUCAAUUUGCACUCUCACAUGCAUCAAUCCAAUCAUUAUAUACAUCUAGUGGCUCAGAAAGUAAAUUUAUUGUAGUUUGAAAAUCUUCUAAGCAUACUCUACAAGUAAUUCUUGCUGUAUUUCUUGGUUUAUCCCUGAAAAUGAAGAUUAAACAAUAAAAUUUGUUACGGCUUAUAUUUACAUUUAAUAAGUAUACGUACAUCUUAACCUCGCAUGAUUUUUCAUGAUUGCAAAAUGGACAAUUAAAUUGGGUAUCUAAAGGUUGAAUAGCUUUUUUUUUACUUGGAGGCUUUCGUUUACUUUUUCUUCGUCCCAUUGUACCUUAGGUAUGUCAAAUUACGCGAUUUUUUAUUAAAAAGUUAUCAUUUAAAACAUACAACCCAUAUCAAGCUUUAGUACUAUUUAUGUUGUGAACUGUUCCGUACAAUCAUUGGAUACAAGUAGUGGAGUUCGCAAAAAAUUACUAGCAGUGUUUAUAGAUAUUCAGGCACACAUUGUUUACAAAUGGAACACUAAACUAAUUCAAAAGUUAUAAUUGUUUGUUUUUGAAAAUUACUCGAAGUUUUAAACUUAAUCGUUCUAUUCAUACAAUCUAAGUAAUAAACUGAAUAUAUAAGUUGUGCAAGUUUGGUUAUGUAAAUACAAUUGAAACACACGUGUGAACAACAACACAAUAUUUAUAAAUUCAGAAUCAAACAUAUUUAUUUUUAUAAUUAUGAUACCAUGAGUACGGUAAAUGUAAAUUUGUCUAUACCCUUCCCAUCACUAAGGGAAGCAGAAAUUGCUUAUCAAGUACUUAGAGUUGAUAAGGAACCUUCAAGGGGUAGUGUUUCAAAAGAACUUACAUUAGAUAAUAAUUUAUUACAACUAGUAAUUUCAGGAACAGAAGCAAGGAAAGUUCGAGUGGCAUUGACAUCAUUUUUUGAUAAUUUAAUUUUAGUAACAGAAACUAUUCAACGAUUCGGCCCACCUAUGCCAACUUUUGAUUAUUAUUAAAUAAAUGUUCUAUAGCAUUUUUUAACUGUUAUAUGUAAU